UAAGGAAGACGUAAGUUGUUCAUUAACUCCAGCAGACUUUACUCCCGUCCACUCAAGGAAAUCCUGUAUUGUCUACUGCCAAAACGUAGUUGCCCACCUGGCUGAAUCUGCUACCGGGAAGGAUGAGUGACACAGAGGAUGACAAUGAGAUCUCUUUUACAGUGAAGUUUCUUGGGCGAGUGGAGGUGGUCCACCCUAAUGGACUUAAUAUCCUGGAGGAAGCAGCUCAGAACCUUAAGACGCCUGACCCAUACUCCUCAGACAAGGCUAAGAAGAGCAAAGUCCAUCUCUUCGUGUCUCUGAGUGGGAUUGACGUGUUGGAAAACAAAACCAAGUUUCUGCUGUACACCUGCCCUCUCCCCACUAUUUCCUUCUGCGCCGUCUUGCCUUUGUCGCCCAAAGUGUUUGGCUUUGUGGCCAAGCACCCUGCGGUGGACAUGUACCACUGCUACUUGUUCAAGAGUGAGACUUUGGCAUACGUGCUGGUCUCCGCCAUCGGCGAUGUCUUCCGCGCCGCGAAAAAAGAAGAAAGUGUCCGAGGCAGUCGAGACCUGAUAGUGGAGGCCCUCAGGCACAAGAACAAAAUGCUACAAAAGGAGAAUUCUGAACUCAAGAAGAGGCUUGCAGACAAAAACAACCAACAAUAAGGACUUGAGCUUGGAGUCUUUCUACAUCUGCAUGUAACUAUAAUACCAACCAUUCUAUUCAGUUGUGCACCUAAAAUCAAACAACCUCUUCACAAACUCAUCAGUCAUUGAAAAUGAUCCAACAAAAUGACACAUUUAAAAAUGCAUGCCUCCACUUUUUGAAAAAAUUGUGUACAUUUUGCAAAUGUGCAUGAGGGCUGAAUAAUCUUGACUGCAACUUUAGUCCCUUUUGUUGUCUUCAGGGAAACCUUGAAGAUCACUUGUAGAACGGAAUUACCUUCAAUCGUGUUUUUACCCUUUUAAAUAUAGUUUGCAUUGUAUUCUUGUUUUGCAUUCAGUUUUGCAUUCAGUUUUGCAUCAUUUGACUGAAUUGUGGUUUAAUGGACAACAAAUUUUGUAUACAGAUAAAACUGGCAGUGGUCACUGAGUUAAUAAAAUUAUUGAUUUAA